AUGCCUCCAGAACGGUCAAAUGUGCCGGUGAAGCUGUCUCUACCACUGCAAUACCAGCAGGAGCUCUUCACCGAACUACGCGCCGAAGAUGAGCUAGUCAUCCUUGCACGAGGCCUAGGGCUUCUACACCUAAUCACAAAUCUCCUCCAUUUCUACGAUGCGGCGGGAAACAAUUUGGUUUUGGUGGUGGGUGCAGAUGAACGCGAGAAUGAAUGGAUCGGAGAGGCAUUGGCGGAACAUUAUGCUACCAGCAAGUCUCCUCUUGCUAGGGGGUUGAAAGUGAUCAAUACCGAGAAAGCUACGGUGCCGAUGCGGGAGAGAAUAUAUGGCGAAGGAGGUAUUCUGAGUGUGACAUCCAGAAUAUUGGUUGUGGACUUGUUAUCGAAACUUCUUGAUCCCGAGAAGGUCACUGGGAUGGUCAUUUUACAUGCUGAUAAGGUUUUGGCGACAUCCCUCGAAGCUUUUAUUGUCCGGGUCUACCGGCAAUCGAACAAGCGUGGCUUCUUGAAAGCAUUCUCAGACUCCCCGGAACCAUUUACGAUGGGCUUUGCCCCGUUGGCUAAUAUGCUGCGCAACCUUUUCCUACGCAAGGCAUCACUGUGGCCUAGAUUCCAUGUUUCUGUUGCUGAGUCCCUAGAAGGAAACCGCAAGGCAGAAGUGAUCGAGUUGGAAGUUCCUAUGAGCGACAAAAUGAGGGAAAUUCAGAAUGCUGUUCUGGAAUGUGUAGAGAUCAGUAUCACUGAGCUCAGGAAAAGCAACACUGGGUUGGAUAUGGAAGAGUGGACGUUGGACAGUGCUUUGCACAGGAAUUUUGAUAUGAUUAUCAGACGUCAACUAGACCCAAUUUGGCAUCGUGUGAGCUUCAGGACACGACAAAUUGUCAGUGAUUUGACAAACCUACGAGAAGUCCUUCAUGCUUUACUCAGCUACGAUGCGGUAUCUUUUGUCAAGUACCUUGAUACUAUCGUGUCUGCGCAUGCUCCGCCUCCCGGCUCUAACAGACAUAAUUACUCUCCGUGGCUUUUCCUCGAUGCUGCCCAUGUUCUUUUCCAGACCGCCAAAUCACGGGUCUACGAAGGUAAAUUGAACAACGAACUGACCCGCCUUUCAUCUUCAACGACAUUCUCUUCUGAGUUGAACCCGGCUCUAGAGGAACUGCCAAAGUGGAGUGUCCUAUCAGAUGUCCUUGCCGAAAUCGAACACGAUGCUUACCUCCAUCCUGCGAGAAUGGAUCAAUCAAAUAGCACCAUAUUGAUUAUGUGUAGUGAUCAACGAAUAUGCCGCCAGCUUCGCGAGUAUAUUGGCACUAUGCACUCCAAAAUUGCCCAAGGGUCUGAAUCCAAAGAAGAAAAGGAUGAUCCUAGCGAGGACAAGCCUUCUGCGGAGCUUAUGAUGCGGCGUCGGCUGCGAGACUAUCUCAAUUGGAAGAGGUCUCUCUCAAAUGUCAACAAAAAUUUGUCCCAAUCAGUACAGGACGAAAGGUCUGGAAAACCUUCUGAGUCAUCAGCGGCCCAAAGUGUGCAUCAAGGACGGCCUCCCCCAAACAAACGUCGUCGAGUACGUGGCGGCGGCGCGGUCACCUCAGCUGCAGGUCGUGUGCCAAGUAGCAGUGUCCAAACCGAAGUCGAAUUGCCCGGUCAGGUCGUCAGCUUACUAGGCGAGAUUCAACCUACCAAGGUGGAAGAAAUGCAGAAAGAGGAAGUUAUUGUCGAUGAACUGGAGGAUAUGGAAGAUUUCUACGAAUUGUACGAUAUGAACGAUCUGGUCCUGAUACACCCUUACGACGGUGACAUGGAUGAGCAUAUACUUGAGGAAGCACGUCCGCGAUACGUUAUCAUGUACGAACCUGAUCCCGCGUUCAUUCGAAGGGUUGAGGUAUAUCGCAGUUCCCAUUCGGGGCGAAACGUGAAGGUUUAUUUCAUGUAUUAUGGUGGCUCUGUCGAGGAACAGCGGUAUCUGAGUGCUGUCCGACGAGAGAAAGACUCAUUCACAAAGCUGAUCAAAGAGAAGGGGAACAUGGCAGUCACCUUGACGCAUGACAAAAAGGCUGAAGACCCCCAGGAGCAAUUCCUCCGGACAGUCAACACUCGUAUUGCUGGAGGAGGACGACUAGCAGCUACAGCAUCCCCUCCUCGGGUUGUAGUUGAUGUGCGGGAAUUCCGAAGUGCUCUACCAUCUCUGUUACAUGGAAACAACAUGAUUGUGAUUCCCUGCCAGCUCACCGUGGGUGACUACAUUCUCACUCCAGACAUUUGUGUCGAAAGGAAAUCGAUCCGUGAUCUCAUAAGCUCGCUCAAGAACGGCCGCCUCUACAACCAGGCCGAGACCAUGUUGCAGUAUUACAAGAGCCCGUUACUGUUGAUCGAGUUCGAUCAAAACAAAUCUUUCACUUUUGAUGCGUUCGCCUCCGUUCCAACAGGGCCCACGUUUAUGACAGACUAUGGUUUCUCAUCUUCCGGCACUGCAACCAGCACUAGCAGCAGCUCACUUGCCAAUCCGUCUAAUCCAAAGUCCGCUCAGCAUUUACUUGUGCUCCUCACUCUCGCCUUCCCACGCCUAAAGAUCGUUUGGUCUUCAUCCCCUUACCAGACAGCUGAGAUUUUUGCAGAGCUUAAAAAGAACGCCCAAGAGCCAGACCCACUCCGUGCAGUUCAGCUCGGCCUUGAUAUUGAUAUAUCUAAUUCGUCUGGCUCUGCCGACGUCAUGGCAGCCGCUGGGAUUGAGCACCGUACCUUCAAUCUUCUUCCACAAGACAUGUUGCGAGCUGUUCCGGGUGUUACACCCCAAGCUCUAGAGCGGCUGAUCAUCGAAACGGAUAAUAUUAGUGAUAUCGCCAACAUGGAUGUCGAGCAGCUGGAUCCACUGGUUGGCAAAGAAGCUGCACGUAAGAUCGUUGGUUUCUUCCAGAAAAGCGUAUUUGAUUAG